UGUUCCAGAGUGCUCGUACAGCGGUGAGUGACAGUCCUGCUCCACGGUAGCUGCUCCGCUCCUCUCCUCACUACUAGCAACAAGACCGGAGCCGAGCAGGGCAGCAGGGGUGUGUGGACAGACAGACAGACAGACAGGCAGACUGAGAGAGAGAGACAGACAGGCUGCAGUAGGACGGGCUCUGUGCUGUGUGAUGUGCAGUAAAUGGGAUUAAACCGCUCAGACAGCGCUUGGAAACACUCGCAGCAGUAGUAGUAGUAGUAGUGGAGAGUAGGGGGAGCUCCGCGCCGAGCCGCGCCGCAUGUGCUCGCCCGGUUGGAAAACUUGCACCGGCCCGUCCGUCGGAGACCAGAACAACCCAAAAGAAGAGGAAAACUAACCAUAGCUGCAGUCGUGAACAAACCCCGGUUCAGGUUCAAGCACCGGGACUCGCUGAGGAGCAGCAACCCACGCCGACCCCUGCCUCCCCUCUCACAUGCCUGCGUUGAUGUGGGAGAGAGGGAGGGGAGCGGAGCCGGGGGAUGUUUGAAUUUCUCUAAACUUGCACAAAUACAAGAAAAAAUAGUUUGUCUGUUUUGGGAAUAAAGGAGACGUCGGGUGUCAUGGAGAGCCAAGCGGGCGACCUCCAGAGCUGCGAGGACGUGCGGAAGAGCGGCUACCUCCGCAAGCAGAAGUCCAUGCACCGGCGGUACUUCGUGCUCCGCGCCGCCUCGGAGCGCGGCCCGGCCCGCCUGGAGUACUACGAGAGCGAGAAGAAAUUCCGAGGCAAGGCCCCCGUCCCGAAGAAAGCGGUGGCGCUGGAGACAUGCUUCAACAUCAACAAGCGGGCCGACUCCAAGAACAAGCACAUGAUCGUGCUCUACACCCGGGCCGAGAGUUUCGCCAUCGCCGCGGAGAACGAGGCGGACCAGGACGAGUGGUACCAGGCCAUGGUGGACCUGCAGUGCAAAAGUAAGAACCCCACCGACAGCGGGGAAGGUGGGGACUACGGCGUGCCCAAUCCCGGACCUGCAUUCAAAGAGGUGUGGCAGGUAAAGGUAUGGCCCAAAGGCCUUGGUCAAGCCAAGAACUUGGUGGGCAUCUACCGCCUUUGCCUGACCGACAAGACGGUCAACUUUGUCAAGCUCAACUCUGAUGCCGCCGCUGUGGUGCUGCAGCUGAUGAACGUCAGACGCUGUGGCCAUUCAGAGAACUUCUUCUUCGUCGAGGUGGGCCGUUCUGCCGUGACAGGCCCGGGCGAGUUCUGGAUGCAGGUGGAUGACUCGGUGGUGGCGCAGAACAUGCAUGAAACGUUGCUAGAGGCCAUGAAAGCUUUGAGCGAGGAGUUCCGCCAGCGCAGCAAGUCUCAGUCAAACUCCGGCCCUGGAGGAGGUGCUACUGCUUCAAACCCCAUCAGUGUUCCCUCACGCCGCCAUCACCCCAACCCUCCUCCCAGCCAGGUGGGCUUCACCCGCCGGCCCCGAACUGAGCCUCCUGGAGGAGCUAACGGUGGAGCAGGGGUCAGCAGCGCCAAUGCUUCUCCCACCCCCCGGCACAGCUUCCCGAGGUCUCGCACUGCCAGCGAUGGGGGGAAAGGGGAGGAUGGGGUCGCAGGGACAACUCCGCUCCAAGGGCCGUGCUCCAGCCCCUCCACCAACGGCUCCUGCUCUACCACCCCAAUCCUCAGGUCUAAAUCUGCCCGAUCCGCCCCCACCACCGCUGCUAAAACUCCUCUUGGGUUGAUGCGCUCCAUCUCCACCCCUGCGCCCUCCCCAGCCCCGAGCCUCUCCUCCAGCUCUGGGCAUGGCUCUGAGUUUGGAGGCGUGACAUCUGCUAGUGCUGGUACGGGGUCUGGAGCUUACAGCCGUGUCCCCUCUCAUCGCGCCUCUGUAUCGGGCUCACCCAGUGACUAUGGCUCCUCUGAUGAGUAUGGCUCUAGUCCUGGGGAUCACACGCUGCUCCCCUCGCCGAGCCUCCCCGGAAGCUCUGUUGGUAGCACCGGCAGCCAGUCGCUCAGCGAGGAGGGAGCCAACUACAUCCUGAUGGGCCAACGUGGUGGUGGUGGUGGAGGUGGCGAUGGUAACAGCAGCAACCAAGGGAGCUUGACAACCGGCUCCCUGCCAGCGCCGGGAACACCAUCCUGUGGCUCCCAGCCUCAAACCAGGAGAGUGCUGCGCCGUUCCUCCAGCCGCGAAUGUGAAGCUGAGCGUAGGCUACUCAGCAAGCGGGCUUCAUUACCUCCGAUGGCCCUGGAGCGGCUGGCCCCACGUCAGCGCAGAGCCGAGGAGCCAGCAGAUGAAGAUUCAGCUGAUUACGCCAUCAUGUCCAGGAGCACCAGUCGCGAGUCGUUCGCUUCCACCUCCUCUUCCACACAGAGAGAAUCUGUCAUGAGUGCUGGGUCAGCAGGGGGGGGAGGAGGAGGAGGAGGGUACUUAGACGUGGCGGGUGAGUUUAAAAGUGAAGGAGGUGGAGGAACAAGCGGUACUGUAGAUAUAGGUGUGGACAAUGGGUACAUGUCCAUGCUGCCUGGCGUCACUCAGCCUCCAGUGUCCCUAUCCCAGUCAUUGGCUGUCUCCGUCCCAGACUCAGACUCCAAACCUGCCGACGACUACAUGGCCAUGACCCCUAACAACAGCGUGUCCCCACCACAGCAGAUCCGCCCUCCGCCAGUGUCUGAUGGCUACAUGAUAAUGUCACCCAACAGCAGCUGCUCCCCCGACCAGCGUGGAGGUCUCUCUGGAGGGGCGUGGGUGGGCAGUGGCAGUGCAGACAGCAGAGCGGGCAGUGACUACAUGAACAUGUCUCCAAUCAGUGCACGUUCUGUAAAUGGCAGCCCCCCACCUCCUGAGCACGCUGGUCACUUGGAGACUUCUCAACAGCAAGCGCCCAAGAUGGUGUACUCUUACUAUUCCCUUCCCCGUUCUUACAAACAUAACCCCUCUGCAGGACACUUUGAUGAUGGACCUGGACGAGGCAGAAGGCCCAAUGGGAGUUGCAGUAGGGGAAUGGGUGGAGGUCGGAUAAUGGGAGGGCGUCAGGAGCAAACAGCAACUGGGAGUUCAGCAGUCGGGCGCCACCUGUCACUCUCCUCCUCCUCAUACUCGUCCAGCUCAGCCAGCAGCGAGAGCCUCGGGGAGAGUGAGGACCGAGCUACCCAGGCGGUGAGCACCACGGCCGGGGGAGCUCCGUCCAAAGAUGGGAGCAAGCUCCAGCAGAGACGGGGCUCUGGUGGAUUGUCCAAGCAGGGGAGCAGGAACAGACCAGUGAGCCUGUUUGUUGACGUAUCCAAGGCUAACACCCUUCCUCGGGUCCGUGAGAACCCCCUGCCCCCAGAACCUAAGAGCCCAGGGGAGUAUGUAAGCAUUGAGUUUAAGGGGGAGAAGAGCAGCCAGGCUGGGGUUGGAGGAGGGCGCGGCAGGGGUCUCAGGCAUGGCUUAUCACUGCCUCAUGGCUCAAGCAGCAAGCAUCCUCAACACAGGCCAACUUCUUGCUUAGGGAACUUUAUCCCCCUGUCCCGGAGCCCCUCCGCCCCCAUCACUCCCCCAGCUGCCUCUGAGUAUGUCAACAUGGACUUGGGCCCUUCUCCGUCCCCCUCACCCCUCUCCCUCACUCCACUAGUUUUCCCCUCUUUCCACACCCCUCCCACGCCACCGACUCUUGCUCACGCCCCCAAAGCCUGCGAUGAAGGUACGACUAGCCCUCGUGAAGAGGGGGCUGAAGUGGCGGAGGCCCCGCUUAGGAAAAGCAGAGAAAGUGUCCCAUCUGUGUCUGAGUCCCCAACAUCCUGCGGAGACUACACGGAGAUGGCCUUCAGCUUGAAUAGCAACACCGUCCCCAGGUCGUCAUCCAGCGUCUCCCCAAAAGCCCCUUCCCCCACCAGGACUGAUCCCUCCGUUCCAGUGCUGUCACGUGGUCUAGACUUCCCCCUCACCAAACCCGGACCCAACCCCGACCAUGGGGCUAAGGUUAUCCGCGCCGACCCCCAAGGACGCAGACGGCACUGCUCUGAAACCUUCCUCGCCUCACCUUCCCUCCCCACCCCCUCUACCUCUACUUCCUCCUCCUCCACCGCAUCCCUCUUUCCAGAACACGCCCAAGCUGUGGCCCGCCGACUGGGCUUUGAUAACAUGCUGCGGGGGAACGGCGCCGUGAGUGAUACGCCCACUCAGUUUGCCCUCCCUGGACAGCAGCCCCUUCCCACAAACACUCAGACUUCGUCCACAGAGCAAGGCCUUAACUACAUAGACUUGGACUUGGCCAACAAAGAGGGCCCCCAUUUGGGCCUGGAUGGACCCUCAGGUAGCCAGGCCCCCUCUCGCCUCUUCUGUGUACUCGGUGGAGGAUCUGGGGUCGGGGGAGUGAACGCGCCAGUCGGCAGCAGCAGCAGCAACUCCAGCCUCAACACUUACGCCAGCAUCGACUUCUACAAGUCAGAGGAGCUGCGGACGCAUCAGAAUGGAAACAAGGAGGGAACAGAGUGCUGAUGUCAGUGCGUCGUCCUUUGGGAAACAAUCUGGUGCCGCUCGGAGAGCUUCAAAGCUCCGCCUGUUCCUUUCGUGACAGCCAAUCACACAGAGAGAGCGGCAGGAUCGGACACGCUCCUGAAGCACGUUGACAGACUGAUGGGAAAACUUUUUCUUUUUUUCUUCGCUUUCAUCUUGUUGGUUGAGGAAACCAACGGGGAUGUGUGCCAAAUGACAUUCUUGAAAAGCUGCUCUCAUUCCUUGAGUGAAAGCCAAUCAGAGAAGGGUACAAAAAAAAUGGAGAUCGGUGUUUUAGUUGUUGUUUUUUUCCAAGAGAGAAAUUCUAAUCAUUAAGAGUAUAAUGGUGGCUAUUUAGUGUAUGAAACAGAAAAUGAAUAGAGUUAUAUAUCUGCUCAAAAAGUGCCUCGUUUUCAGAUUGUAGCCAUUUUACAAAGAACUUCAACUAACUGAAGCUUUGGGGUUUUUUUGUGCUUGAUUUGAUGUAGUUACAAAAUAAUGCAGCAGAAGAUAUAGAUAGAUAAAAGGAGGGUAAGCACUGGUGUGAGCUUUUGCUGCGUUCAUGUCAUAUAGGAUGAUUCCAGUGUUUACAGCGUGCGAGAAACACUUAAACAUGAUCACAGAGUUGGUAGUGUGAGGGUUAAAAAUACUGUGCAUGGUCAGUGAGCACUAUAGGUAUGUCCAAAAUCAACAGCACAGUCACCAGAAUAAAAUGUUGGCAUUCUACAUUUCUGCAAACCACAGAUACACCACAUCUGCAUGUUUGAAAGGUAUAUCAGCGUUAGUAAAGUGACGUAGCGUAUGAGCUGUCUUUGUCAUGGGGAGGUGGAGAGGAUGAUGGAUGGCGUGUCACUUAGGCAGUAUUGCUGCCAAGCUGCAGGCCAGUGUUGGACACCAAUAACUGGUUGUUGUGUAGAUGCCGGUGGCUGCUUUUUCGGCAGCUUUUGUGCCGUUGAACGUGGGUGUUUUUGAGCAACUCUGCCACAGCUUUGUGCUUCUGAACAUGAGUGAUUUUCAGUGACCUGUUGCCACUUUUCCAGCAGCUCUUAGGCCCCUAGCUUUGGAAUUGGGAGGUGGAGGGGAUGGUAGAUGGCACAACACCUUGGCAAGAUGGCUGCCAAGCUGCGGAUAACUGCUGGAGACCAAUAAACAACAGAACUGGUUGUUGUUUAGCGACAGGUGGCAGCUUUUGUGAUGUUGAAUGUGGGUGUUUUUAAGCACCCUGUUGCCACUUUUCAAGCAGAUCUUUUUGCACCUAAACAGGAGUGUUUAUUAGCGACCCAUCACCAGAAGCAAGGGAUUUUUUAGCGACCUGUCACGGCUUUUCUAGCAGCUUUUAAUCCACCAAACUCAGGUGUUGCUAGGGAGCCAUCGCCCCUUUCCAGUUGCCAGUUUCCUGUUGUCGUGUUUCGACAGGCGGCCGCUUUUUCAGCAGCGUUUGUGAUGUUGAACGUGGGUGUUUUUAAGCAACCUGCCACUCUUUAAGCAGAUUUUUUACAACCAAAUGCGAGUGUUUAUCAGCAACCCAUCACUGCUUUUCCAGCAGCUUUUGUGCGCUGAAAGUGUUUUAUAGCAACCUGUCACCACUUUUCUAGCAGCUUUCAUGCCACUGAACUUGGGCGCUGAUCAGGGAGCCAGCGCCCCUUUCCAGCAGCUUUUGUGCCGCCAAACAUGGGUGUUUUUAGCGACCUGUCGGCGUUUCUCCAGCAGCCUUUGUACCAUCAAAUGUGAGUGUUUUUAGCAACCUGUAGCAGCUUUUCCAGCGGCUCUUGUACUGCUGAAUGUGGGUACUUUUUAGCAACCCAUAUCCUCUUUUAUCAGCGGCUUUUGUGCUACCGGUUUUGUUGUUUGUUGGUCUCAGACAGUCUGCAGCUUGGCAGGUGUUUUACCCAGGUGUCACGCCAUCCACCAUCCACCUCACAAUGACGUCAGCUCAUAAACAGCAUCACUUUAGAAACAUUUCCUUCUGGCGACCGGGCCGGAUUUUGACAUGAACAAUAUUUAUGAGUUGAAACUGGAAAUCACAAUAAAUCCAAUAUGACAUGAAUGCAGCAUCUCUGCUAACAUUAAUAAUGAUGGUACUAGCCAAUCUGCUGGCCUUUCUGUCUACUGUGAGAAAUAUUAGCAUAGCCUGUGUUAGCAUUCGGCUCAUUUUAGCUCGCGCUGCUUUUACUCUGUCUUCUUCUCUCUCUGUUACCAUUUUUAACAAAGCCAUACACCUAAAGUAUUAAACACACAGGCUUGAAAACAAAAGGCACUUGUAGCAGGGGAUACAGUAGCUUGCUAGCUAGCUAAAGCCAGCUAGGUCAGAUUAACAUAUUAGCAUCGUGCCAGGAUGUAAAUUCAGCGUCCUGCUGACCACAGCUCAGGGUUAGAGACCCCUGAUACAGAGCCAAGCAAUCCCAUUAGUGCUAUUAGCUCCAGACACUUGUGUCUCAUUUAAUCCACUUCGUCUCAGGAUGCUAAAUAACAUUAGGUACUGAGGAUAGAGACCCUAUCAAUAGCCAUGCUAAUGCUAGCUUUAGAGCGGUCAGCACGCUGCUUUUAGCACCGGAAAUGGGGUCAGCUCUUGUUUCACUUCAGCCAGUAUGAAGUAAUAAAUGAAACUCCAGUUAUUUUAUACGUUAAGGUACCAAACAUUUUAAGAUUUUUAAACUUUUAAACUGGUUGAAUUGAAAGUGCUGUGACCCAGAAUCCUCCUUUAAGACGCUCCCUCCCUCCUGUCUGUUUUUUGCUUUAGCUCUUACUUUAAUCUCCGCUAUGCAUCAGCACUUAAGUGCCUGUCUGUCCUUUUUAUCUGUCCGUCUCUCUGCCCCGUCUUAGCAGCUAGCACUAAUAGAGCUGUCCUAGCAGAAUAUAUUAAGUCUAUUUUUGUGUCUAUUUUUGUCUCUUUUGGCUGUACAGUUCUCAUGAAUAACUUGUUUAUGUUUUGUUGGUUGUGACAAUGAUCUAUCAGAUGACUUGACUGACAGCCAUGGCCCUGAUCGGAGGAGUUUUGGACUGUUUCUCUUUGCCGGUAAUGGAGGACUUUAUUAUCGCAGGGCCAUCAGUGCCAAAACACAACAACAAAAAGGACUAAGCUCCGACAGCACCUCAAGAAGCAACUUUCAGCUCUCAAGUCUGGAUGAAUUGCUUUGUUUUGUUUUAAAUAUGUAACCUUUUGUGUUUCCCCCUGUUGUUUUCCUUUUGCAGCGGGGAGAACUGUGACAUAUCUGGCCUCGCAGUCUGCUUAUGUGACUCUUGGAGAUAAAGGUCGUUGUGAGGACUUGCGCACGCUUUAACCUUGAAUUUGCCGACGACUUUGACCGGAGGAUUAAAAAAAAAGAAAUGCAUGAAGAGAGAGAGAGAAAGGCCACCACGAAAAAACAACAAUGUCUAAAUACAUGUGCAUCUUAUGUAGCUCCAAAUUGUACUCAUGUGUUUGUCUGCCUGUCUCGGGAAGUUCAUGAACUCGCUCACUCUGAUCACAUGACUUUCGGGGCCUGGAGCGUAACAAUGCAGCUUUAUUAUGAGCAGAUUGGGAUCUGUGGUUGGAAUUGCCUCUAAUAGCGGUUGCUAAUGUAGAAGUGGGAAGAAAAAAAAACACAACAGUUGGACUUCAAACCAGAUUCAGCACAUCAGUCCGAGACUUUCAUCCAGACUUGAAGGCAAACACAUGACGAUCAGUGGAAAUGUUUCUAAUGUGUUCUGGAGAUGUUCUCGUAUUGAAAUGCAGCAGUUUUCAGCCAAAUCCUUGAAGGUACUUGUAGUUUAGAAAGAGAGCGCACAAAAAGAUUUGCAGUCCUGUAAAAAGCAGACGUUAUCAUCCUGCCGUUUGAAGCCCCCCUCUGAGCUCUGGGCAUCUCACAGACUUUUGAAUGACGGUCUUUUACUUUGUCAAACUGCCUGCAGUCGAGAAGUUUCUUCCUCUGGCUGCCCGUGGCAAAGUGCUUGAUGGCAGUGUAAAUUUUAUUAAUGAAACUCAAUGACCUAAGACGAGACGAAACUGACAUCAUUAAACACAAACUGUGACUGUAUCAACAUGUAAAACAGAAAAAGACUAAAAUGCAGUUUAUAAAAGUAUAAACUUCACUCAAAUCUCGUUACAUUUGUUGACAACAAAUUGAUAACAAAACACAGAUUUUUAUAUUUCAGUUUAGCUGUUUGUGUCCUGUGCUGUGUGUGCCAUAUCACAUAUCUGACAGCCUAUUCGUUUGACAGCCCAUUGGUCUGACAGCCCAUUGGUCCGACAUCCCAUUGUUCCGACCAUAUUAAACCCAUUGUUCCGAAGUCCGUUCCGAAAUCAUCAUGAUGCCCUGUGGUUAAGGUUUGGUUAGGUUUAGGCACAACAGGCCUUCGGAACAAUGGGUUUAAUAUGGUUGGAACAAUGGGCUGUCGGACCAAUGGGCAGUUCCCAUAAUCAGCAUACAUCAGAUGGUUGAUGAGACUCUCCCCUACCAUACAUCCAGUCUUACAUGCUUUUAACUCUUUAGAAAGAUCGUAUAUAACUUAAGAAGACCAGGUGAAAGUAUUCCGCCCUGUCGAAUGCCAUUGGUCACCGGGAAUGAUGCAGAUGUGGUUCUACCCCAUCUGACCCGCAUCGUUUGAUGUAAAUACCAAAAAUGCAAGAUCCUUAUCAGAUAUGGGGGGACCCCUCGCUUUUGCAAUUUUAAAAACAA